AUGUGACAAAUGCUUUAAUGGUGUUGUCUAAUUGUGGUUAUUAUUGAAUGAAAAUAAUACACCCAGAAUUUCGUAAAAUAAUGCGAUUCGGAAUGAAUUUAAUGUCUGCAAACAAGGUUAUUGUUUUCUUAAUCAUCAUUUCUGAUCUGCAGAUUUCUCUAUGUGGAGAAGGUCCCUGUCUCGGGUUUUACAGAGGAUGCUGUCCAAACACUUCUUGGGAUAAAAGAAGUAGCUCCUGCGUUGGUUGUGAAAAUGGAUACUUUGGGCACAACUGUUCUGAAAAAUGCAUAUAUCCUUACUAUGGAGAAGCAUGUGAAGAAAAAUGUUUUUGCACAGAACUGCAUUGCGACCCCUUCUAUGGUUGUCUUGUGCAUAGUACAGCAUUAAAUCCAAAUGGAAGCCCAAAUUUUACUGAAAUAAAUGGACAUACAGAACUCGAAGGAAAUAACGUACAGGAUAGAGAAAAUAUUUGGACAUUAAAAGUUCUACUAGUAAUUGUUUCUUUGACCAGCAUUAUGUUCAUUGCUAUUAAUAACAUUUUAUGGGUAUGGAGAAAAGAGAUUAAAAGACAAUUACUUGAUUUGGGCAAACGGAGUAGAAUAUACGAUUAUGCUAAAAGAAGAAAUAGGGAUGGUCAAGAACAUGUAUACCAGAUGAUGCCGGCUGAAAAUCUUUACAAUGGUAUUGCUAACGUUACCAUUACAUACCAAAAGGGACAAAAUUCCUAUUCAAUUCACCUUUCUAGAGAUUCAGAAAACGUUGAACGAACAAGUAAUCAGUAUGAUGAUUUCGCACAAGAGGAGGCAACAUGAAAUUAAAUGUAACAUUUCGCUCUCGGGAAAGGGCAAACAAAGUACAAAUUUAUGAAUGAUACGAGGGAUAAGUAUUAACUAUGGAGAUAAAAUAAAAGGCGUACAUAAAGCUGAAUAAUGAUGCACUUAUUCAAAUUUUGAUAUGAUUUGUCUUCCACUUAAUUUAUUUUCAGUGUAGGAAAUUUUUGGGAAAAAAACGUCUGUCAAAUGAAACAAAAUAAGCGGUUUUUGGUGUUUUUCUCUCUCAAAGUAUUAACAGAGAAUGGA